UUCUCUCUACAUUGACGAACAGCGAGCUUGCCACAACCCCGGACCUGUGCAGACGAACGAAAGAUUCCCGAGUCCCGACACGAACCGCAAUCAUGGCCUAUGGUCGCAGCGCAGGCGUGCUGAACGCAGAUGGCAUUCACGUUGAUAUGCAGGCCCUCAAGGCGGGCGAGGUUGACUUGGGUACCACAAUCAUGGCAGUUACCUUCAAGGACGGUGUCAUUCUAGGCGCCGAUUCCCGCACAACCACAGGACCCGUCAUCGCCAACCGCGUGACAGACAAGCUCACAAUGAUCGACGACAACAUCUGGUGCUGCCGCUCAGGAUCAGCCGCCGACACGCAGGCUGUGGCAGACAUUGUGAAGCGCCAUCUCGACCAGCAUGCGGUGCACCACGGCGAGCGAGCUACGACCGGACAAGCAGCGAGUAUCCUGGCGGAGAUCUGCUAUGCAAACAAGGACAUGCUCUCGGCGGGGCUUCUUGUUGCCGGCUGGCACCCACGAUACGGCGGCGAGGUAUACCAGGUACCCCUUGGCGGAUCAUUGCACAAGGAGCCAUGGGCGAUUAGCGGUUCGGGUUCGACCUACAUCCGGGCGCUUUGCUACAGGAACUGGAGAGAGAACAUGGAGGAGAAGGAGGCCAUCCAAUACGUGAAGGAGAGCGUGCGGGAGGCGAUCAGGAAUGACGGCAGCUCUGGUGGCGUCAUCCGUCUGGCGGUGUUGACGGCGCGAGGCGUCGAGAGAUGGUUGUUCACGCCAGACGACGACUACAGCAAGCCGACGGAUGACAAGCCCCAGAAAAUGUAAGGGGAUGGACAACCAUGCGCGUCUUCCAUCAUAGAGCAGCAUCAAUCAGAAAAAGAGCUGAAAGUCGUGGCUCUGACGUGUCACUGCUGCGCAUGUGCCUUUUGCAGGAUCGUAUGAGAAGGCGUGUCUACGCCAACGUGGUUACUUUGAGUUUCAUGACUUGCGUUACCAAUUGCCUAUCCGUCCGCCGCGUGCCUUCGGAGAGGACAUGGAGAAUUCUGCCGGCCACGUUCUUGAGCACUCAC